UUUGAACAGGCUGAUAACUGUUGGUCGUUUGAUAAUUCUUUUUAUUUUCAGAUACCAUUAUCAAUAAGCAAACAAUUUAUUUUUGAAAAUGUACAUACAUUGGUCAUAUAAACGUCACUCUCCUAACAGAUCUAAUACAUCAAGUCAAGAUGUCUUCAAACCAGUCUGAAAUCGGUAAAACAGUGUUACCGAUCAUAGAUAUGAAAAAGGUCAGUGAAGAUCGUGAAGCUGCGGCCAAAAAUGUGGUUGACAUUCUUGAAAACGUUGGAUUCGCUUAUGUUGACAAUGUAGACGGCAUUGAUUACAAAGGAUUAUGGGAUUGUUGUCAAUGGUUUUUCAAUAAACCUAUGGAAUUCAAGAAAAAAGUAAUGAGAAAGCAAUGGAAUCCAGAAAACCAAAACCUUUACAGAGGUUACUUUCCAGUUGUUGAAGGAGAGCCUAGCAGGAAAGAAGCAUUUGAAUUUGCGAGGGACGUGCCACCUAAUGAUACGUCAGUGUCGCCUUCAAACUGGUUUUAUGAGAAAUCAACAUGGCCAGAAGAAGACGGUGAUUUUCCUUUCAAGAAGUUUUUGCAGCAGCAGUAUGAGGUGAUGCAUGAGACAUGCAUGGAAAUUCUUCGGUUGUCGGCCAUAGGACUCGGAAUUCCAGAAAAUGCAUUCAUGAAUCUUUUUGAAGAUAAACCAUGUUCAACAUUUCGACUUUUACAUUAUCCUCCUUGGAAAGGCGAGCCACCAAAGAACGCAUUUAUAGAGAAUGGGAAAGUUCUCACAACACCAGAACAUAUGGAUUCUGACUUUAUGACAUUGCUUACACCGUUUAAUUUCGGUGGUUUGGAGAUAAUGCAGUCCGACGGCAAGUGGGCAGAAGUAAUGAAGCGACCAGGAAGUCUUGUGAUGAAUAUUGGUGUAACAUUCUCGCGUAUGUUAGGAGGAAGAUUCAAGGCAACUCGGCACCGUGUUAUAGAUAUUGGAGUUGAUAGAUAUUCUGUUCCAUUUUUCCUUGGUCCACGUUUUGACGGAGAUAUAGGUGUCAACUAUCUUUCUAUGUAUAAGGAAGGCGGCGAACAUCACAUUCCCGAGAGAUUUGGUCCAUGGUUAUUGCAUAGAAUGAAACAUGAGCAGAAAUACUUUGAAUACAAAGUUCUUCCGGAGAUAGACGAAUAAUGUUAAAUUUUAGUAUUACCGAUUGUGUUAAAGAACAUGUAAAAUGUUUAAGAAACGUACACUGUAUCAGAGUUACUAAUAACCAGCAAACAAUCAUCCGAUAUGAAUCAUAAAGGGAAGAGAAUAUGCAAGUGACAAUGAAUAAGAUUUCUCACAGAACAAACUGAAAUUCGACAUAAAUGGGUGACCAAAUA